AGUUGUAAAAUGCCCGCCAUUGAAUUCAUUGGACUUGGCAACGGUGAGCGACGUCAAUUGUAUUAAACAAUCAAUGGUAUUUGACUCUGGCUGCAGAUUUGACUGCCCAGCAGGAUACGAGUUCAACGUGACGAAAUCACAAUCAGCAACUCGGUAUUGUAAAGUUGAUGGAACGUGGGAUGGUCAAUAUCAAGUUUGCAAAGGUAGGUUUCCUCUAUACAUCGUGAUUUCUAUUUUUGCCCAUAAUAACAAUUAAGCACUUGUUGUUUUCGAAUUUGUUGGUGCAUAUAUUUAAAUGCGAAUGCGAUUCACCAUGGUCGUGCUUGCUAGAAACAAGGCAACGAGAACUUGUUCCGGGCCCUGGUAUCAUGUGUACUAAUAUUAUGAAAAUCUUAAACUUAUACGUUAAUUUUUCAUCACUUCAAAUUUGAUCAGUUAAUAUGUUGCUCUACAAGGUACAUCUUACAUCUGUCCCUGCAUGAGCUUGGGGCCGACAGACAUCAUGCAUUUGUUUGCCGUUGUCCGUUUGCAAAUACCAACACGCCUCUUCAAUCUCGAAACCAGUGCCCGCAAUCCUCUGUGGAGGCUUGCUGAGGCUCUGGGAAACACCGGCGACUUUUGCACGAAAAUCAGUACAUUUGGAUCCAGUACUCCGCUCGACAUUUAUAGGCAUUACUGCCGUCAAACAUGAAUUAUGCCGUUGUUUAAGCUUAUUACGACUUUAAUUCUUCAAAAAACACUUGCCAUGGUUUUGAAUUGUUGUAAGAUACUGGUAGUGAUUUAUUUUAACUUGUUUAAUUACGGUAAAUCAUGGAUUGUUGUGUUAUUUUAAAUAUUAUAGGCAACGGCUUAUCAUGACCUAAUAUGGUAAUGCUGCACUGUUGUUAUUCUAAUUUUGUUAUUUAUAGCAUAUCAAUAUCAGAAAUAGAAUAGUCUCUUUUGAUUUCAUGUGAGAAGCAAGGAAAGCUUAAUAAGUUUAUUAAUGUUAUGCUGUGUGUUUCAUUGAUAUGUUUAAACAUAAUACACAAAGAGAAAUAAAUUUAUAUUAAUUUUAAACGAUGUUUGAAAUUUGAAUCACUAAAUACGGCUCACAGUUUGAAUAAUAAUUAGCACUUGAAAAACAACCAAUCAGAGGCCGACUUUCGCUGGUGUUUCCCAGAGCCUCAGCAAGCCUCCUCAGAGGAUUGCAGGCUCUGGUUUCGAGAUUGCACGCCUCUUCCGAACAAAUGCGUCUUCAUCUGUGGAAAUUUAAGGUGGCUCCCUACAGUUUACUAGAAAAUGGAUGAUCGCCGAUUUAGACCCAAUUUUUCAACAAUUGCUAUAUGUUAAAGACAAAGAAAGUCCGAUUAGAAAAAUAAUAACUACAGAGUUGGACUUUUUCGAUAAAAAGGAAUCGCAACUGCUGUUGCUAUGGCAACAAUGACCCUUCACUAUGGCCGAUAUCAAUUUUGGGUUUAAAGUUAUUUAACUUGAAAAUAAGGUCGGUUACCCCAAUUUUUUUAUCUCAUAAAAAUAAUUUGUUUAGUAUUUUUAAUCAUUGUUAUGAUUUUUAAAAAAUUCUGUCAUUACAUUUUUCGAUCUCGAAAAAUAUUGACAUAACAGAUUUUUUUUAAAUCACGAAAAUGAUUCAACAUACCAAAAGAAAUCAUGCUAUAAAAUAAAAAAUGGGGGACACCAACCUUAUUUUCGAGUUAAAUUACUUUAAACCAAAAAUACCCGCCAUAUUAAAACGUCAUUGUUGCCAUAGCAACGGCUGUUAGGACUCAUGUGAAAAGAGUCUGUCAACGCUCUGCCCCGAAAGUCGUGGAUUUUCUCUGGGUGCUCCGGUUUCCUCCCACAGGGAAAGGUGACAGGGUGGGUUAGGAUAAACAGAGUUAAUAAGAAAGUAAUCCGUUGUAAUACUUGAUGUAAUCGGUAAGUAAGCUGAAUAAUAAUGUAAUGUAUGUAUGUCUGUAUGUCACGUCAAACGAAACCCGAGAAUAUACGAAAAUGUGUAUUUGUUUUAGAUGUAAAACCUCCAUCAUUCACAACUUGUCCUAGCAACAGAAAAUUCUCGUACAAUACAACAUUCCGAACAAACACAGCUCGAGUUGAAUGGGAAGUUCCUCAAUACGAAGAUAACUCAAUACUUCAUGACGUUAAUCACAAAGUAACUUUGGUUGAAGUGAACGGUUAUAAGAGUCCACGAGAUUUUGAAAUUGGUACACACAGGGCCCACUAUAUUGUAACUGAUAAGGCAGGACUACAAGCACAUUGUGAAUUCGUAAUUGAAGUCAAAGGUAUGUGGUAUUUGUAAGUAUUUGGUUGGCCAUGUGCCACCCAUGCAGCUAGGUAAGAUGACAUACGUAAUUACUAGUGAGCCGGAGUGCUUUAUCAGAUAUAAAACACGAGAGCGCAGCUCGAGUGUUUUAUAUCUGAUAAAGCACGAACUGCGAAGGUUUUAAAUGGCUUAAAAACGACCAAUCUGAUGAGUACAUUGGCGAAGUAAUUUUUAAAUUAAACGUUGUCUAAGCCGAGAAAAUCAAAGCUAAAGAUUAUGUAAAUUAACAUGAAUUUUUUAUCACAUAUAAAACGUUAACCACCGGCAGGGAUUUCCUUUAUCUUUUCUUUAUGAAUUAUUAAUGAGUUUUUUUAAGUAGGAGUAAGAUUUCGUUCAAAAUAACUUCACAGGAGUUAAAUUAUCUCCCUGAAAUGAAAAGUAUUUAUUAUAUAAAGUAUAGUGUUUUAUUGAAAUUUCGAGCACUGAUAAAACUGAUAAUCUCACGUAGCAUUUUUCACUAUUUCGGAACAAUUUACCAUAAUUUGUAAAAUUUUUCAGUAAUAUUUUCAUCAAUUUAUCAAAAUUCCAGCAACUAUUACUUUUCAAUCCGAGACACUCAAAUAUUUUUUGUUCUCUUAUGGUUAACCUGCUGUAGUAAAACAACACCCAUUAAUUUAAUUGAUUUCUCGAAAUGGAAAUUUGAACCUGUACAGUAUAGAGCGUUUGCACUCAUCAUAGUUAUUAGAAUAGAUGGUUUGGAAACUCAUUAGAAUAACAAUAUAACUCAUAAUCUAUGUUAGUCAACGUUUAUUCAUAAAAAUGGUCGUUCACCUCACGUGUGUAUUGUAUUUUUGCCCAACUAACCAAUAGCAAUGUUUUAGGAAAGUUACCUAUCUGUGACUCAAACAAUAGGGUAAAUUGAAAAUUGCUAUUGGUGGAUUUGGCAAGAACACAAUACACACGUGACGGUGAACGACCAUGUUUAUGAAUAAACGUUGACUAACAUAGAUACGAGUUUCCAGCUAUUAACUAUGCACUCAUUCACCCGGGACCAACUCAACAGAAGCCAUGGCCAUGGCGGCCAUGUUGGUGUUCCCGACAAAAGCAUAUCUGACCAGUGUCAGUGAUGUUUUCACUCACUUUACGUAAAUUUAAUCCAUAGAUAAGGAAGCGCCUUACUAUACCGGCUGUCCGCAGAGGAUCGAAAAAGAGUUUGUCGCACAAGCUCCAUAUCAUGACAAAAUGCGAGUUACAUGGGAGGAUCCAAUGUUUCAAGAUAAUUCAGGAAAGGACCCAACGUCUGUGCCUAGCAGUCCGAACGGAGCAUUCUUCAAAGAAGGACAGCAUCAGGUAUUACAUUAUUAAUGUGCUAUUAGUUGCGAAUAUGAUUUUUGUUUCACAUGUGUGAUAGUUGAGUCAUUCUAAGAAGAACUGUAAUAUAUUGCUUUAAUCAAAAUCCUCGGUUUGAUCAACCUUUUUUCUCUCAAAAUUGUCGUGAAAGACCAUCUUUCUUAAUAACAUAGGGUGCUCGAAGACUGUAUACCUCCGCCAGCAAAUUAAGUUAUUCAGUUUACUCAGCCAGGCAAAGCAACACAAAUGGUGGCUAAUUUCUCAUCUAAUAAUUUUUAGAACCACUAGCUGAGUAUUUUAACAAAAUACAAAACAAGUGUAACUCCAAAGAUCCAUAACAUUUUUAUAUUUAUCAACGUUUCAACUAUAUUUCAGCCAUCAUCAGGAUAAACUAACUAUAUAUAGGUUAUACAUCAAAAGCAGUAUUUAUAUGAAGAAGUAUGAUACAUUACAGUACAGGGGCGUGCUGGCCAGGGUCGAGACAACGAGAACUCGUUGUGGGCCCUUGCCAUCCUGGGCCCCUAAAAUAAAAACAUUCCAAUUUUUUCACACAUUGAGAUUUUAAUUUUCAAAAUUUAAUUUAAAAUACUGCAGUUUAUAUUGUAAAAAUGAGAAUUCGCGAAAAUAUUACGGAAGAAUUUUCGUAUGUGGGAUCGAAAAGUUACGAUUUGCCCGCGGAAAAAAAUUAAUAUUUCUGGAAAAUUGACGAAAUGUCCGGAAAUUUUUUUGCAUUCCAGGAAAAAUUGCGAUAUGUGCGGAAAAUUUGUAGUAUAUCGGAAAUCUGUAGUAUUUCCAACCAUUUUUGGAAAAAAUAUUAAUAUUGAGCCAGCGUUCACUGAGCCCCAUCAUGCAGACAUUGCUCAUUCAUUGUCUUUUUUAAGACGCCAGCACGUCCCUGCUACAGUUGGUUGAUUAUUAGGGACCAGUCAUAAAGUAAUUACUCGAGGGGGGGGGCGACGCACCGAAAUUUCGCUAGAUAUUUCCAUACCCUCCCAAAAACGUAUGGAAAAAUUUUUGUAACCCCCUUCAAUUUAAGUGAAAAUUUUCAUACCCUCCUUCUAUCAUUAACUCAUUAAGCGCCAGUGCUCUCCCCUUGACGAGUAAAAUCGUCCGGCGUUAGACAGAGUAAAAUAAUAAAGUAGGGCGCAUCAGGGAGCAAUGUGACUCAGUGGGUUAAAUAGACGCAUGGGCAUGCACAUAGGCCAGUUAACCCAUUAAGCGCCAGCGCUCUCCUCUUGACGAGUAAAAUCGUCUGGUGUUAGACAGAGUAAAAUAAUAAAGUAGGGCGCAUCAGGGAGCAAUGUGACUCAGUGGGUAUAAUAAUUAUAGGAAAACAAUUCUUUCCAAACUUAAAUCUGCAUGGCACAAAUGCAUUCAAUAUUCAACAAUAAUUAUAAAAUGUAAUUUUUUCCGUAUCUAUAGUACUAAGAUUUUGGUACCACCCUAGAGGUUCUGUUGUUUUUUUCGUACCCCCCUCAGAGGUUCUGGGUUUUUUCCGUACCCCCAAAAAAAAAAUAUCCUCCACACCCCCUAGUAAAUACUUUAUGACCGGUCCCUUAAUAAAUUAGUUAAAUUCUAUAGUCAAGUCUUGAUACAGCAAAAGGGACCAAUGGUUAGAUUUAUGAAUUUAUCAAUUACUUUAGUAUUGUGGAAAACAUGUUCAGUAUCAACGAACGAGUUAGUAUUUCACCAAAUUUGUUAACUCGUUUGUUGAUACACAAAAUAUCCACUCUCCUCACAUUAAAAUGCCGAUUCAUUAUUAACUGCAUGCUUGAAGCGAUUAAUUGCAACGUAUUUGUAUAUCAUGUGCAAAGAUAAAACUCCGAAAAUUUAUCAAAGCUCUGUUGUCUAUUAAUUUAUUUGACCUGGAUGUGAUAGUAUAAUUAUAUGUACAUCGGCAAAACUGACCGCUGCUUAUACACCAAAACAAAGGAACAUAUCACACAAAAUCUGAAAUCAUGCAUCAACACCUCUCUACUUGCGAACGGUUUAAACAUAUUAAAGCCCUUUUAGAGCUACUGUAUAUCCCGACGAUGACGCAAAGUCUAAUCAAACCAGUAUAAUGACUGAACAUGUUUUCCACAAUACUAAGUAUUAUUUAUACAACAUGAGCGGCCGUGUUGUAUCAGAUAUACAAACUCGAGCCGAAUUAAGGCGAGAGUUUGUAUAUCCGAUACAACACGGACGCGAAUGUUGUAAAUUGCUCAUUGGCGAAGUAAUUUUAAAAAUGAACGUUGUCUAAGCCGAGAAAAUCAAAGUUAAAGUUUAUGUAAAUCAACAUGAAUCUGUAUCACAUAUACAGAUACGACACGCUUUAUGAUCUUUCUUUGUGUUUUCUUCAUGAAUUAUGAAUGAGUUUUUUAAAGUAUUUGAUAAAUCUAAACAUUGGUGUAUCAAGAAUCCCUCGCUAUUCAAAGGUAUAAAUCUGUAUGCAUGAACUUGAUCAUGGAAUUAAAGCUUCUAUUUAAAAACGUACUAAUCGUAUUUAACUGAUUCAUUAAUAGCUAGUUUAACCUGAUGAUGACUGAAAUAUAGUUGAAAAAUAGUUGAAACGUUGAUAAAUAUAAAAUGUUAUCGAUCUUUGGAGUUACACUUGUUUUGUAUUCUCAUGCAUCCAAUUUUCAUCUAAAAAUGUAAUUCGUUUGUUUUUAGGCCAUUUCCAUUAUAGACCCACAAAUCUCGUAUAUCAGGACGUUUGAUAUUUUAACGAUAUCGUGCGCUGACAGACAAACACACAUGCAUUGACUCGUCCUUACUCCUUAGUACUUAGAAAUUGCGAUAUCCACGAACACUAUAUUGUUUUGAUGAUAAAGAAGGAUAAAUCAGAUUAAUACUCAGCAAACGUCUUGAUUUGUACAGUGUUGUACUAUGCCCGAUUUUUAACAUUAGACCCAUUUCGUGUUAGAGGCUCCAAAAUUGACAUAACAUAAUUAUUUAAUCUAUAGAUUACUUAUACCGCCACUGAUCUAGCUGGGAACAAAAAUGCGUCUUGCCAGUUUGAAAUUAAACUAAAAUGUAAGUAAAAAUAUUUGAACUUGUGGAUUGAGCGUCGGUCGCGUUGUAGAUUUAUUUUUUCAAAUCAUUAAUACAUUGUGGUCGCUGCAUGCGUAUGUAAUAAGCAUGGCAAUCACGCGCAAACGUACCUACACAUAACUAAUUUAUCUGCUAGCAGAUAACUGAGUUAUGUGUAGGUUGAGCCCGUGGUGUAUAAUUUUAUAGCAAGCGGAAUUUUUAAAUACACGAAUAAAAACAAGAUAAAACAAUUAUAUGAACGAACGGCGUUUUCGUGAAUGUUUUUAUUGCGCCAAAAGCAGACUGUUUUGAGAUUUUUAUUGGAUUUGUAGUAUAGGUAUAAAUGAGAUUUCUAAUAUUUUUAAUGCUGUUAUUGUGAUAUUUUAACUGGCGUUUUCACUGCUUUCCUUCAGAAACAAACGUUAUUUUAUGUGACAAAUCAUUGUUUGCAUGUCGAAAGAGUUAUAAAAUGCAAUGUAUAAUAAAACAGUUUUUAUUUGGUUUGUUGAUAUCCCGAAUUACCAAGGUUUCGGUAAGUGUUAUCAGUCUCGCUUUCGGUUCGACUGAUAGCAAAUACUUUCCUCAACCUUGAUAAUUCUGGAUAUCAAAAACCUUAUCCAAUAUCUGUUUGUUAUUGGCUGAAAAUGGAUUUUGGUUUAAUUUUCAUUUUUCCUAUAGCUCCUACUUGUGUAUUGCACAAGAGACCAAAGAAUGGUGCUUUAGCAUGUCAAACGAUACCGUCUUAUCAAUGUCAACCGCUAUGUCGGGAAGGAUAUGACUUUGCAUAUAAACCUAAAUAUCUCUACUAUUGCGUGAACAAGAUUUGGAUGUAUUGGCCUCCUUUCCCGCCCGCAGAAGCUGUUUGGCCUGAUUGUGCGCGUAAGUAUAGAGUAUUAAAAUGUAACAUACCAUCGAGUUAUUUUUUCGUUUGUGUAUAUGGGCUAAGCCGAAAGUUAUUUUAUAUAAUAAUCUUACAAAGUUCACAUAUUUAUAGUCUUUUUUUACUGGGAAAAGAGUACUACUAAUUAUAUUCAUGUUUUUACGGUCCAGAUUAUCAGAUCAGUGAGCGGUCCGUAUACUGCAGGUUACCGACCGCUCAGGAACCAAUCAAAAUGCCGCAUUUGCAGAUGGACCGCCUUGCCAUAUAAUAAUCACUGAUAUUCGCGGCAAGCAAUUUGAUUUAAGAAUUAGAAAAACUCUUGGCAUAUGUUACUUAUAAAAAUAGAAUGAUUAAAAAUUGUACAAAGAAAUCGAGAGAAGAAAAGGUAAAACAAUGGCGACAUUUUGGCGACCAAGUUGUGAGGGAUUCGAUUAAAACAUAACGUGAAUACGCAUUUUUUCAUUCACGAUGAAAAUUUUUUUUAUCAAAUCCAAGUUGUAAGCCGGUCAGGGACAUUCGGUGUUGUGUCUUUUAGUUCGCGAAUGAGUUCAGGAAUUGUGGUUUGUAAUUCAUCCCCAAUGAAAUUUUUGAAAAUUCAAUAUAGGUCGUGAAGAUCCUACCAGCGGAACAUUAAAAAUGGCGAGUACGUAUUAUUUCAAAGGCGAUUGCAAUGAUAAGGAAGUCCAAGCAGAAUUGAAAGAAAGAUACAUGAAAGUGGUUAGUGAUCCAAUGGCUUUCCCAUUGUCCUUUUGCAAGUUUAAUAAAGAUUGUAAAUUGGAAAAUAUUCAAAUCUUCUGUGGUGCCGUUGAUGCUUCCAGAAGAAGAAGACGGAGAAGACGUAGCCUAGAAAUGGAGGUAAAUAUUUUUUAACCUUCUCGUAAUGUAUAAUUUACGGGAUGUUAAAAGAAAUAAGUCAGGCUUUACCACGCAGUCAACAACUCAGCUGGUUAGAGCGCUGCGCUGAAAUCGUAGGGCCGCUGUUUCAAUUUCUGCCUGAGGGCCUAUACUGGUUGUAUAAAAGAAAACUGAACAGAUUUGACACUAUAUAAGUCAAGAAUCAAUUUGUAUCGCUUCCAUCGCACUGACACUUGGAAGCAAUCUUAAUACAACCCUCGCACCACAAUAGCAGAUAUAUUCCCAUACAAACGACCAGAAACUAAUGCCAGUAUCGAUGCGAGAAGAAGGUAUUAGAUUUCACGGCGGCGCUAUCCUCGUUGGUUGAAAGCUCGAUCAUGCGGCGCGCGAAUAUUCAAAUAUUUCGGCUUCAUUGUGUGACGUGUGUUAUCUUCAUAUUAUUAAUGUCUUGUAAACUCAAGAUUUGAGCUAUUGAAACUAGACUAGUUGACAAUGACUUUGAAAUAAAAUCGAAAUACUACCUUGAAUUUUGUUAUCUUGUUUAAAUAGCUCGAAUCUUGAGUUUACAAGAUGUUAAUAUUCGCAGUGUGUUUCGUGUUAUAUUUUGCGAAAUUGCCUGCUGGUCAAGGAUUUUGAACUUUUUUUUCCGCUAGCUUUCCUGUGUAAAUAGCCAAACAGAAUCCAAUUAGCUAUGGAAUAUUGCAUUAUUUCAGUUCCACAUCCAAGCAGAUUUUACUGUCAAACCAAGCAACGCUGUGGCAAGUCAACAAGAUUUCCAGAACCUUAAAUCAGAAAUGAAGAACGUCUAUUAUGGCGAGAUGAAAAACAAUGUUAACAAUGUUAACUGGAAGAAUGAAAUGAAGAUGAAUCUAGUUAAACCUCCGAAGGUUUUCGCUCCCGAGCCAUAUUGUUCUGGUGAGAGAGGUGCCGUGGUUGGAAGAUGCGAUAAUAUAAAACACAACUGCGAUAGUUCGAUUUUUCCUGUCGACCCUGCGUGCCUAUGUAAUUAUGAUAUCGGAAAUAUUGAGAAAUGCAGUAAGUAUUUUGUCAAACAACAGGUAUUUUUACUAUGUCUUUGAAUCUACCUAAGCUCUUUUCCUGCUAUGUUAAUAAUAUACAUGAAACAAUUCCUCAAUUCUGAUUGGCUAAGAGCAGUGGAAUUUUUUCGAAAUACAGUGCCAAAAAAUGAAAUAGGUCUAAAGUGCAAAAAAAGAUUAUUUUUUAUUUUUCAAAUUUCUUAAGUUUCUUAAUUUCUCAACGUGACUUACGCACGUGACUGCAUAAUUUUUUCAUAUAUAUUAUUAAUAUUAAAGUAAUAGUAUGGUUUCUCAUGCAAUAUGGUCUCUCAUGAAAAAACAUACACUCGUGAGUUUUUCAAAGACUUCGAAAUUGCACUCGAAACCAUACUAUUACCUAUACGAACAAAUUAGUUCCAAAGGGUAAAUUAGACAUUAAUCGUAAUACAUUGACUCGAGACAUCUUGAAAGUGAAUAAUUUAUUUACAAAAUAUAUAAUUAUAUUUAGCUUGGUCAUUUUAUAUGUUAAGUGAAAGUCUGUAUUGUAAUGCACCUAUCAAUGUUAAGCCCCAGAGGAGGGGGUCGGGCAUAGAUGGGUCAUUUGAUUUUUUGAGCAAAUUUUCAAUCAAAUGCCCCACCGUCGGGCAAUAAAUAUUGGUCAAAUACUUCACCAUUUUGCAAUAAAUUGCAGUGAAUACUAUAUUAAUAAAAGUCAUUUGGUUCAAAUUGCCCCAACUCGGGGCCAAAAUGCUAAUCAAAAUCCUCGGGGUGGGGAUGCAAUUGAUUAUCAAAUACCCCACAUAUGCCCCCCCCUGGGGCUUAACAUUGAUAGGUGCAUAAGUUGCUGGUUGAUGGCUGGAUCAAUAUACUUCACCAUGCAGGUAUAUCGAGUAUUAGCAUGCGAGCAAAACAAAGUAGUAUGGUUGGCUAAUUUACUCAUGAAUUAUUAAUGAGUUUGAAAUUGAUUAUUCCAUUAACCUGUGAAUUGCAUCCGCAUUAUUCACACCCUCCGAAUAUUCGUUGAGCACUAAUUUUAUUUUACUUUUCUGUUUAGUCGAAUGUCCCAUUGGAAAAUACUAUGACGCUUCAGAUAGAAAGUGUAAACUAUGUAGUGACGGUACGUAUCAGGAUGUCGAGGGCCAGUUUGGUUGCAAGAAGUGUCAGCCUGGUUUCCACACCUUGGGAAAUGAUGAAAAGAAUUUCACAUCCUGUAAAGGUAAUAAAAUGUGCUGGAUUUUAGAAGAACUGCAGUGGAAACGUAAUAUAUCAAUUUAUCACGUCUGUCACUUUUUCCUAAUUGGCGAAGUCAGAGCUCUAAAAUCAUAACGGAACUAACUGUACCAAUAAAACAACACUGAACAGAACGGACAAGAAAGGAACGGAAAAGAAAAGAACAGAAUAGGACUGGGAAUGCAGAACAGAACGAAACGAAACGGGACAAAACGGAACAAAACGGAACGGAAGAGUAGGAAAGGCCUUGACGGGAACGAAACGGAACAAAACUGAACAGAACAGAACAGAACGGACGGAACAGAACAGAACAGAACAGAACAGAACAGAACAGAACAGAACAGAACAGAACAAUACAAGAAUAAGCGACAUGCUAAAUGAACUUGGUUGGCAACCAUUAGUUGAACGAAGAAGAAUAUUUAUGCAUAAAGUUAAAAAUAAGCAAUUCCCAGAAAGAAUAUCUAGCAUGUGUCAUAUUAAUAGAAACGACAACUACAACCUACGCAAUAAUAAUGUCGAUUAUGCACUACCAAAACCUAAAACAGAUUUCAUGAAAAAAAGCAUAAGUUAUUCAGCCGUAAGUCUAUGGAAUAGCCUCUUAAAAGCCGCUAAAAUAAACGACGUUUCUAUUCGGCAAUUAAAACAAUUCUCUCGAGCUGAUUAUAAUGAAUAGACGAAAUGUGUGAACAGUAAAUAGAAUCUAAUUAUGUCAUUUGUUUGUAAAUAAUGUCUUUUUAUAUUUUUUUAUUGUAUUACUGUAAACGGCCCCUUGGAAAUCAGAUGUUAUUAGAUCUGAAGGGUUACCGUUUUCAUAUAAGAUUAAAUAAUAAUAAUAACUGAACUGAACUGAAAAGGACAAAGCGGAACGGGACAGAUAUGAAAGGAAGGAGAGGCCUUGAAGGGAACCGAACAGAACUGAACAAAACUAAAUGACCUUACACACCACAUUUUGAACAACUAAUUUUAAUCUACAAUUUUACUCUUCCUACAUCAUAUACCAAGCCAUACAGUCCCUUUGUAGCCCUUUGUAUAAAUACCAGUCCUACUUUUCAGGUAAUUGCAUCAUGCGCAUAGGCUCACAAACUCAAAUGAUGAGUAGAGGAAUUUUGUUGGAAGUGAAAACAAAUUGGGCACUAUUGUUACGCUAACGCUACGCAAGGGGGGCCAUUGGAGAUAUUAUUAUAUUCUAUUCUAUCAGAUAUUAUAUUAAACUAGUACUACAAAUUCACGUAAUGGAUGAGAGGAAAUAAUUCUUGAAUUACAUCAUUCUCUAUCUUUUUAGAAAUUUGCAAGCCUGGUUACUUCUCACUUACUGGAUUAGGCCCUUGCCGCCCAUGUCGUCUUGGUUAUUAUAGUACAGAUACAUGGAGCACUUCAUGUAAGAUGUGUCCAACUGGAACCACAACUGUAUUACCUGCAGCAUCGAAGAUUGAAGAAUGCGGAAGUUAGUAUAUUUUAAAACAUUUAUAUAAACUUUAGCGGGAUACAGGAGGGUGCUUGUUCUCUGUCUGACAUGCCAUCUGUUGCAUGGCCAAGACGAUAGUGAGUGAACUAGUGCCGAAAAAUAGCCAAAACCUUCCACUUAUGGGUAAAGCCUCCUCAAUUUCCGACAAAACUGCAAUUUACACUCCAAUUUGGCUUUUGUAAUACCGCAAAUUUCCGAUAAUAAGCCCCCCUCCCCCCGAAUAUAAGCCCCCGUGUAUAAGCCCACCACAUGUACUAACGCUCACCUCAUUCCACAUAUAAGCUACCCCUCUGAAUAUAAGCCCACCGGAAUAUAAGUCCACUUGUUUAUCACUAUUGUUUAUCACUAUUACCACUUGUUUAUCACUAUUACACUAACCCCCCCGUAUAUAACCUCCCCUUGUAUAAACCCAUCAAAAAUCGCUGAAGCCUCAAUGAGGACUUCUCAAUGUGACUCGAACCCAGUCCUCAUGUGAAAAGAGUAAAAAAAAAGUCAACGCUCUGCCGAAAGUCGUGGGUUUUCUCCGGGUACUCCGUGUUUCCUCCCACAGGGAAAGUUGACAGGGUGGGUUAGGCACAUAGGUCUUGAGGCAGAUCAUUGAUCAGGUAUGGACUAAUAGCGGCAGCUGCUUAAGCGCCAUGUGUAAGCUCAAAGUCUACCUCGGUCUGCUUCACGUCAGUCCGGUUCUAUCUAUCUAUCUAUUCAUAAUGUCACUGAAAAGCCCUGAUAGGGAGUGUGCUGUGAAAUAUCUGUAAUCUGUAAUAUAGUCGGAGGUUUAUGGUAAUUAAAAACCAUCCAGUAUUUAGAGUUUUGACCGCAAGUAACUCAGUGUAAUUAUAUUAAGGUGACGCCAGUGUAUUUUAUACUAUAGUACAUGGUAACUAAGUAAUUUGUUGAGAAGUAAACGUUUUUAAAUAUGACUCAUGCAACAUUUCCAGGCUCUCCCUGUAUAGCAAAAUGAACAGAUAGAUAAGAUUUUAUCGUUGUUUGUUCAGUUAUAGAUAAACAGUAUGAUGGGAGAGCCUGGCCAUAAUCAUGCAUAAUCUGCAGGGAAGAACAAAAAAGUAGCCGAGACGCCGAGGCGAGUGGGUCACAUUUUGUUCUUCCCACGUUGUGGUAUCAUACUGUGUAUCUAUAAAAAGAAACAGGAAAAUAGCUUACUUUUUAUCCACCCAAACAUUUGGAAAUUUGAACAUUUUGCAAAUGUCACGCUUAAAUGAUCUAUACAAAUAAGGGAAUGCUAUUGGAAUUCUUAACGUUAAUAUUUAUAACAAUGUUUAGAUUGUUUCCACAAUGCUUGUAUUUUUCUUAGAAUUAAACUGUCUAUUUUAUUUCUAGUGAAAUGUGCUCCAGGGACUUACUCACCAAGUGGUGUUGAACCAUGUAAACCGUGCGAGAAAGGUUCUUAUCAACCUGAAGAAGGAAAACUGAGUUGUUUACCUUGCAAGGGGAAAAAGUCAACCUAUGGUCCAGGCGCUAAGAGCGAAGUAUAUUGUUUGGGUAAGUUUUAUCUAUAUAUUAGUGGGUUUCUGUAAGUACUAUAGUUAAAAUAUGAGCAGCUGAUUAUUGUGCAUGGCAUUUACAAUGGAGACAGUGGCGUAACGUUCAUUAGGUAGGGUUAAUUCAAGGGCCACCGACUGCUAGGAGACCCAUCAGCCACGACCUAUCACCCAGAAAAUUAGAAAACGUAAAAUAUGCAGGUUAAGAAUUAAUGGGAAAAUGCAAAAGCAAUAAUGCUAAAGAAUUAAACCUCCAUCGACAACGGUAGCUGAUUUUUUUAUUCCAUUUCAAAUAAAACAAAAGUUAUUCUUAUUAGUUGUUGCAUGUGUUGGAGACUGUUAUAUUGUUAUUGUUAUAGACAUGGAAUUUUUCAGAACAUUCUAUAAAUAUGCAAUAUAAAUAUAAAUAUAAUAUCUCAACAUAUCAACAGGGGCCCCCACGCCAAGUAUGCUUAAGGGCCCCUCUUCCUCCGUCACGCCACUGAAUGAAGAGCGCUUGAGGCCAGGAGUGAUAAUCGAGCCAUGCGCUUAGCUGGAGCCAGUGUUAAAUGCCCUUAUUUUUCACCCUGCUCGGUUUCCUUUGUUCUUGUCGGGGAAUAUAAUCAAUAUUCCCCUCUAAUCAAUUUCCGUUUAAUAAUCCCCUCUAAUAUUCACCUGCAAUUAAUAAUUCCCUCUAAUAUUCACCUGCAAUGUCUUUGCAGCACAAAAAAUGAGAAAAAACAACAUCGCGAAGGCAAUAUGGCAUUAAGAAUUAUUUCUUUUCUGACUCAUUAACGCGACCUCGCAGUGUGAAAAAUAAGUACGUUAUUUUGAGGCACCUCGGGGAUAUGUGUUUAUUCACCUCGGCGCUGCGCGCCUCGGUGAAUAAAUCACAUAUUCCCUCGUUGCCUCAAAAUAACCUAUACAUAUAAUGAAUUUAUAUUGAUGCAUUCGGGUCACUGAGUUGCGUUACAACCAAAUUGGAAUCCAAAAUAUACUUUAGAUUUAAAAAAUAUUGUGUAAAUUUCGGUAACAAAAAUAGCGAUACCGAAUUUGGGGCAGAUAUACCGAUAUGGAUAUCGGUACAUUACUACCAUGCAGAUUUCUUGAUGUUCGUCCAGACGAUCCGUCAAGGGAAACUGCGCAUCUAAGAGUGUGA